AUGUUGCGUAUGCUUGCUGACACAUACCCAGAGGGUAACAAGGUGCCCGCCAAUGCCUAUCGAGCGAAGAAGAUGAUCCGGCCAGUGUCGAUGAAGUUUAAAAAGUUCCAUGCAUGCACUAACUACUGUAUCCUGUAUCGGGGCAAGUAUGAGAACUUGCAAAGCUGUCCGCACUACGGCGCGAGUCAGAACAAGAGGAAUGCCGGUUGUUGCGCAGACGUGGAUGAUGAGGGACCCAAGAGUUGGCAGAAGAAGAAGAAGACGGCCAAGCAGAUCCCGGUUCUUGAGGAUGAGGAAGAAGAGGGCUACGUACAGAGGAAAAGUCCUGCCCUGUCAGUGUGGUACCUCCCUGCGAUCGAUCGCUUGCGUGCGCUAUUCGGUAACCUAGAGGAUGCCAAGCUGAUGUCGUGGCAUGCAUCGGCAGAACGUAUCAAGGGCGAUAGCAAGCUACGACACCCCACCGAUGGCAAGCAGUGGAAGAGUUUCAAUGCCAAGUUCACGAAGGAGUUUGGUGACGAAGCGAGGAAUGUCAGGAUCGCACUAAGUACGGAUGGGAUGAAUCCCUUCGGUGACCUCAGUAGUUCCCACAGCACUUGGCCGGUCAUCCUGACUAUCUACAACCUACCUCCCUAUCUAUGCCAGAAGCGUAGGUAUAUUUUACUAACCAUACUUAUUUCUGGUCCAAAGCAACCAGGCAAUGAUAUAGAUGUGUUCCUGGAGCCACUCAUGGAGGACAUGAAGAUGCUAUGGGAAGAUGGGGUGAAAAUGAUGGAUGCGUCCGUAAAGAAGGAGUUCACUCUAAAAUCCAUCAUCUUUGUCACCAUCACCGAUUACCCUGGCCUUUUUGCACUGUCGGGGCAGGUCAAAGGGAAGUCAAGUUAUGUAGUGUGCAUUGAUGAGUUCGGGAAAAAGAAAAAAUCUAAGGAAGAUGGGACCACAGCAAAGAAGAAGAGGAAGCGGGAUCAGAUGGAGGAGAAACAACCACCUGUCACCCCAGUACCUUUCAAGAAGCAGUCAUGUUUCUUCAAGCCUGAACUUCAUCCGACAUUGGCGGCGCAGAGCAGGAAAGUGGACCUCCCGGGCACGUGCUAUAACCUCACAACUGAUGAGAAGAGAGCCGUGUGCCUGUGGCUUAGGGCUGUGAAGGUGCCGACCGGUUUCUCUUCCAACAUCAAGAGUCUAGUCUCUAUGAAGGACCUCACAUUAACCAGCUUCAACGCACAUGACUGCCACAUCAUGCUCACGGUGUUCCUCCCAAUUGUCAUCAGGGCAAUCGGUCCAGAGUACGUGAAGAUGGUCAUCACACGCCUCGGUUACUUCUUCAACUGGAUCACACAAAAGGUCAUUGAUGAAGCUGAGCUGCCAGGCAUGAAACAAUUCAUCGUAGAGACAAUUUGCCAGCUCGAGAUGUGCUUCCCGCUGUCUUUCUUCGAUAUUAUGCCGCACCUGAUGAUGCACAUGGUUGAUCAGAUAUAG